AUGUCUGCCAACGCAACCAUCAACACCGAGACGGGCUCCCACUCUGUGGACCCCUAUAAGACCCAGAACUUCGAAGACCCUCCUCUCAUCCAGAAGAUUGAGGAAUUAUCGGAAUUCAUCGAACAAGUGAAAUUUGGCAUGUUGACGACCAAGCAAUCUGACGGAGAAUUUCUCACUUCUCGAUGCAUGGCUCUUGCUGGAAAGACACUGGCUAAUACCAACCAGGAAAACGGCGGAAUCGACCUAAUUUUCCACACAAACAUCUUUUCCGGCAAAACAAUGGAUCUUACCGCCCACCCCAGAGAAACAAACAUGUCCUUCCUGGACCCGGUGAGCGGUGCCUGGGCCUCCAUCGCCGGAAGCGCCUCUGUCAUUUCGGACCCGGCUGUCGUGGAGAAGUACUAUUCGCCGACAUUGAAAGCCUGGUUGGGAGAUAUGGGCGAUGGCGUGCACGAUGGUUCGUCUACGGACCCGCGCAUUGGCGUGAUUAAGCUCGAGGCGAAGCUUGCUACGCAUGUUGUUUCUCGGAAGGGAAUACUGGGCCGUGCGGUUGAUACUGUUAAGGGCGCUGUCCAGGGCAGUGUUCCUGCUAUCAAUUCGAUUCGGGAAUUGAGCUUGGAAGAAUUGGCUGAGUGGCGCCGCACUCAUCAGGAGUAA